CAUUUCUUUGCUCUCCCAACUUGUCUUCCACAACUUCUUAGACCCCCCUCAUCAUUGUCUUUAACCGUACGCCAAGCCUUCACACAACGAACGUCUCCCUAUCUGUUUCUAUUUUUACAGGUAAAAUAGAAAGAACAGGAAGAAAAAAAGAAGGAAAAACAAAAAAGAAUAUCACCGACCAUGGCGAAGAAGAGAAAGUCUGACGCCACGCGCCUGGACGAGGUGGAUCGUAGCAUGUACACGACCUUCUGCAGCGCCGCCAACUCCCUCUCCCAGCUCUACACCCAGACCAUGAACCACCAGCGCCUCUCCUUCCAAGCCGGUGAACGUCACGCGCUGGAUAAACUAUAUCAAUGGAUUUUGAGACAACAAGAAGAAGGAUCAAGAGUGACAACGGUGGAUAUAGUCACUUAUUUGCAGAAUGAGCUUGAAUAUGGAGCAGAUGAGCCCCCAUUGUCCCCUAGGGUUCCGUUUCAGAACCAGCACGCCCAAAAUGCAAUGCACUUGUCUAAUUUGGGUGGCCCUGUCUCUUCUGGAACGUUCGGGCUAGCAACCGUUGCACAGGGAGGUCGUUCCGGGCAAUCUGAUAAUCAAGUUAAGAAUUCUGUAUUUUCAAAUGCUCUCUCCAGCCCCAUUCGUCGGAGCAUUCAGUCCUAUCACUUAGCACAAGAUGGAUACCAUUCAAAUAAUACUAUUGCAUGUGGAACAGGACCUCGGAAUAAUGAGAUGAACUCUACUCAUCUCCAAAACCGGGAUACCAACUCACCAAGCUCCAAUGACUGCAUGGAUAUGCAUGCAGAUACUCCAGGUCAUGAAUUUUCAUACUGAAAUUACUUAAGAGGGCAAGGAAUAAAGAAAAAGAAAAAAGAAAGGAUAAAAUGAUUUCCUUGCAGAAAUUUCCGUUUGGUCAGAUGUAUUGUGUGGUCAGAGAUAUUGUAAUCACUGCAAAUCUAGCUAAUUUCAAUUUUUAUUUAUUGAA